AUGUACCAGUUCUUUCAUGUGCUCCAAGAGGACGUGGAAGGCUGCGGCAUGACCUAUGCGCCCGAGGCCGUCAAGCUGGAUUUCGGCAUUCCUCCCGAUGGUUCCGUGUGGUCCAAGGCAGGUGAUCACACUGCCUGCCGAGGUAAGGACUACGAUGAUGACAGCAGCAACCACUUCGUAGUGCACGAGAAUGUGGGCUUUCCCAAGGCAUGCAUGGAUCUUUGCACGCAGGAGGGGGGGUGCCAAGGCAUCCAGUAUAGCUACCUCAGCAAGCAAUGCCAGCUGUGGACCCGGUCGGGGGGCAUUGAGCACUUCGUGGGUGAGGCAGGCUCCGUCUGCUACGUCUUGGCUGUCAAAGGCGUCGUGCCGGUGAACAUUGGCUCACCCGGCCUGGACAUCUCCAAGAAGUGUGUGGACUUGGACCAGGCAGUCACAUGCUCCAGGGAUGCUGGGGCAAGGGGACAGCGGCUCUCAGGCAACAAGCGUCCGGAGAGCUUCGCCGUCUCGGUCACAGAUGCUGUAAAGGUGUGCGCUGAACGCACGGAUGCAGCAGCCCCGAUGAACCCUUUUGUCGGUUGGGCCUGGGAUCUGGAAAUCGCAUGCACCACGCACCCAGACAGCAUCACAGUGGUCCUCGGGAAAAGCGGCUGGGGGCAGGCCUGUGUAAACAUGCGCACACCAGUGCAGUGUUCAGCUUUGUCUGGGGACUACGGGGCACGCCUUGGUGAUGAUGACCUGGACACACUCAUGUUCCACGUAACCUCGGAAGCACAGGGCUUGGGAAGCCGAGUUUGCGCAAGACGCCUGGACAAGAAAGGCGAAGGCUGGACCCUGGAUUUGAAGAUCAGAUGCCGACCGCUAGCAGUGCGCUCUGCGCCCAUUCAGAACGCGAUCCACCAGUCUCUCGACGAGUUUUUGUACAACCUGGACUCACUGAACCAGUCAAACUUGGGUUCUGCUUUGCCGGUACAAGCACUCACCCAGAAGGUGUGUGAUAGCCAGAAACAAGUCAACUACCAGGACCAGUUCCAGGAGGAGUACACAGACGUCUCCUCAUUGCGAUGGUGCCAGGAGCUUUGCCGACAGAGUGUGGCGUGCCUCUCGCUGCAGUACGACCAGAUGACCCGGCGCUGUUCGUUGACCUGCUCGCCGGAGGGCUCCUCCUGGUUACAAGAAGUUGAGGCGAGGACUGGAAGACGGGACUUGGACCUCGCGGAUGCUGUCGUGAAGUUGGCAGGUCUACAGAACUACAUGACCAAAAGCGUGGCCUGCGAGGGCAAGGCGCAAGCGAUGUGCAACUUCGAGAAGUGGAUGAUGGGCUCUGCGUUCAUUCAGACUUUUUUGGAUGUUGCGCCUGUCUUGGAGAGCGCCGUGGACGCUGCAAGGGCAACGGCCUGGUACCCCAUCGCGGGGCGGAGUGCGUUCGGGCCGAAGUUUCUGAUGGCUGGGCCGGUUCGGCGAGAAGGUAAUGCAAGACCUGAACGACUACGAGACAACGACUACGAGACACUGGCCCUGGACGUUUGGGCCAAUGAAUUGUGGGAUGCAGGGGUCGACGGGUUCAAGGCCUUCUCCAAAGGCGCCGGGCCUGCCUUGGAAAGAGCGGGCGCCUCGGUGAAAUCCGGGGCGGCCAAGUUCAUGGGCAAGGUGCGCAGCUGGCUCGACACGUCGGAAACCGCAACCAAGGAGCUUGCGGAGAAUCUUGGCAAGAUGUCGAAGUUUGCCAAGGUUGCCCAGGUCGCGCUCUUCCCCCUGAGCCGCAUCAUCGGGGCAGUCAGCGACUUCCACUCGAUGGUUCAGUGCUUUAGAAACGGAGAGGUGGGGAUGGCCAUCUUCAACAUGAUCAACGUCAUCGGCGGUGUCGUCAGCGCAGCCGUUGGGAUUGCCACUAUAGCAGUGACAUACUUCGGCACAGCCGUGGCUGCAUGGCCCAUUGGCACAGCCGUGGGCAUCAUCUUUGGGGCCAUUGCAGUGAUUGGAAGCAUCAUUGUCUCCAUCAUCAAUGCACCACCUGACAGCGACGAGCUAGGCGAGGAGUUCUGCUGCAUGGCCAUUCGGGCUUUCCUGGAUGUAAGCAGACAUGAAAGCGUGCCCGAGACGAGAAUUGUCAUGGACGUCUUUGGGGCGGGGAACUUCCAGGAGUUUGCCGGAAAGAGUUGGGGAGACUGCGAUGACUACGCAAAAGCCGGGCUGCUCCAGAAGCCACAGAAGCCACAGAAUGCGGCGCCGUGGCGCAGCCCGUGGCGCAGCCCGUGGCGCAGCCCGUGGGUUACCAGCCCUUGGAGCGACCUGCGCAUGCCGGGUACGCCGGGCGGCCAUUGCCAGCCCGGCCCCGGGCUUUGCGCCAUGGUCUGGGACGCCUACGGCUUCCUGCAGCCCAUUCGCUUUCAGGGCACCUUGCAGGCCUUGAAGGACGCAGCAGCGCAGCUGUGGCCGCGAGGUACAGGCCCUGAAGGCCAAGAAGUCGCCCCGAGCUUCCAAGAUGCCUUCGGCGAACCGCUGACGGAGCAAGCCCUAGAAGCCCCUCUUGCCAUCAAAUGA